ACGGCAGAGGAAAAAAGACAUUGUGCACCUUGCAGCAGAAAGGGAUAAAAGAUACCGCGGAGGCGCGACAAAUACGGCAACGCUACCACGGCCAGGUCGCAAUUCGCAACACAAACGCCGCCGCCCAAAGAGAGGAGACAGAAAACAGUCGGAGGAGAAGAGGAGGAUGGGCUUCGAGAAGCAGAUCUUGAGAGCCGGGACCGGCCCCAAGCCGGUAAAGGGCCAGAAGGUCACCGUCCACUGCACCGGCUACGGGAAGGAUCGUGAUCUAUCCAAGAAAUUUUGGAGCACCAAGGACCCUGGGCAGCAGCCAUUCAGUUUCAACAUUGGUCUGGGUUCAGUGAUCAAAGGAUGGGAUGAGGGAGUUAUGACCAUGCAAGUGGGUGAAGUUGCUCGUAUCCAGUGCACACCUGAUUAUGCUUACGGAGCUGGCGGGUUCCAAGCCUGGGGAAUUCAACCAAACUCAGUGCUGGCGUUCGAGAUUGAAGUCCUCAGUGCCCAGUAAUUCACAGUGUAAUAGCUGAUGGAGCCUUCGAUCAGCUACGGAAACAUUGGCCAUGCCUCUGAAGUAAUGAAAUAAUUCCGUUGUCACCUCAUGCUACAUACAGCAGAUUGGUGUCCUGAGUGAAAUCCUGUGAAACUUUAGCACUCUGUAACCUUGAUGUCAAGUUUAUGGAGUUCCUUGUGUGACGACUCAAAAGUUCUCGUCAAUGACUAUAAUCCGAUGGCUUCCGAUGUGAUACUCGUAGCCGGCCGUAAUAAACUUGCAAUUCUUGCA